CGGCGACUCGACGUCGGCCGGGGCGGGGAAAGCCGCGUUCGUCACCGCUACUAAUUAAUCCGACGAGCCGGUGCCAAGUUUUCGUCGUACAAUUAAAUUUUUCAACUUUUUGUGUCGAGUGGUGGGUGUUGUGAGUUUAACCGACUGCGCUCGGAAAUGAUUUCCGGAUUUUUUGAAUUCGCGCCGACAGAGAUAUCAACACCACCAUGGAGAACAUCAAAUGUAAAACUUUGAGGCUGGUGGCAGCGUAGGGGAUGAGGAGCGGCGCGGGCGGCGGCGGCGCGGGCGCACGCGGCGCGGGCUGAGCCGGCGCGGGGUAUGUGGGUGUGGCUGGCGCUGGCGCUGGCGGCGGCCGUCUCCGCCGAGUGCCCGCGCCACUGCGAGUGCAAGUGGCGCAGCGGGAAGGAGUCGGCUCUGUGCGCGCGCGCCGGCCUCACGGCGGUGCCCCCGCGCCUCGACCCCACCACGCAGCUGCUCGACCUCACCGAGAACAGGCUGGGCUCCCUCAAGGACGAUGCUUUCGCCUCGGCCGGCCUGCUCAACCUCCAGCGCCUCUACGUCCCCGCGUGUAGCCUGCGGACGAUCAAGCAGUACGCGUUCCGAGCUCUAGUGAAUCUCGUCGAGCUGGACCUGUCGAGGAACCGGCUGGACUACAUCCCGUCGCAGGCCUUUGAGUCCAUCCCCGAGCUGCGCGAACUCCGUCUGAGCAGUAAUCCUAUUGCGAAAAUAAAGGACGACACAUUCGCGACGCUUCCCCACCUCGUCCGUCUCACGCUUAGCUCCUGCAAGAUAUCGGAGAUAGAGCCGAGGGGAUUUUUCGGUCUGGAAGGAUCCCUGGAGUACCUGGAGCUGAGCAAGAAUAAGCUGCAGGUCCUCCACGUGUCAGUGCUGGCUCCCCUCCGGUCGCUGAAGGGCCUCGAGCUGGCCAACAACCCCUGGGACUGCACGUGCGCCCUCCGACCAAUGAGGGACUGGAUGAUUCGGAAGAACGUUCCCGCCACCGUCGUCCCCGACUGCGCGCAGCCCCCGCGCCUGGUGUUGCAGUCGUGGGAUCGCCUGGAUCUAGAAGAUUUUGCGUGUCUGCCCGAAAUCGUGGGCACCACGGAGAAAAUCUACGGUACGGAGGGGGAGGCGGUGACCUUGGUGUGUAGAGUGCAAGGAGUCCCCGCGCCGCGAGUGCGAUGGGUGCGAGCCGGCAGACUGCUAUCCAACACGUCAGGCUUAAAUUCAAUAAAUCCGGGGCGAGCGUUUCUCCUCCGCAGCGAGGGUCACACGAGCAACCUGACCAUAAAAUCAGCGGACGUCCAGGACUCGGGGUCGUACACGUGUGCCGCAGAGAACAGAGCCGGGAAGGCGGAGGUAGUUUUAAGUUUAGUUAUCGAAAAGAAGGCCCAGGGGCGGGGGUUCGGGGGGAAAGCCCUGAUGGCGGGGAUGGCCGUAUCGGCAGUCGUAGUGUUAAGUUCGUGUUUAAUAGGACUUUUUGCGUACGAAACUAGGAAGAAGAGGCAGCUAGAUAGGUGGAACGAGCAGAUGGUCACGUCCAACCACACCGAUAACAGCUACGAGAAAAUAGAAGCCAAUUUAAAAAAUAACGCGGACGUCGCUCGGGUGCUGCCCGCGAUCACGGACGCGACUCGGAAACGAGGCGACUAUAGAAAUGUUCCUUCGCACGAUCCAGAGGAUGACUUCGAGCAUUUAGGAAGAGAAGAGGUGCGGGAACGGAAGGAGUCGCUCUCGCCGCCGGUGGAGCCGAGAUGGCGGAGGAAAGAUCUCGAAACUCGAGAGGUUAUCGGCCGAGCCAGCGACACUGUACAGGAUCUGCACAUACCGCGGCUCAGCGAGUACAGUAUGAGAGGCGAGGAGUCGAUCCAGUACUCGAAGUCGGCGGGGCGGCUGAGCGGUGGAGGCGGGCCCGUGGAGGUGCUGGCCGAGACCAACCGGUACAAUAACAACGCCCGCCCCUACCCCCGUCCCCGUGCCCGCGACCGCCUCGACAACGACCUCUCCGGCAGCGACAGCGAGAAGAACUACCCCGACCUCAUCGAGAUGAGCUCACUCGGCAACGCCCACUUCCGCGCUGAGGUCAAGCACGACCCCUACACCUUCUACACGAUCCCGCGCCGGCGGGACGGCGACAGCCGCAGCCCGCUGCUUGACAGCCGCCGGAACAGCUCCGGCGGAGGCUCCACCGCCUUCCUCGGCGGCCCCGACGAGCGCCGCCCGCCCGCCGGCCGCCGAUCCAGCAGCUUCCUCGACCUGGCCGCGGGCGGCGCGCGCUGGCGGCCCAACCCAAGCCUGCCGGCGUCACCGUCACGGGACCCGGUUCCGUCCGCCACGCCACUGCUCGACCUGUCCGGCCUGCGGGACUACUCCCGAACGGGCCAGCCCUUCGAGGACUACGACUUCCGCGCCUCGCAGCUCGAGAAGUUCCUGGAGGAAUACCGCUGCCUGCGGGAGCAGCUGUCGAGGAUGAAGGAGACGCGGGAGACGCUGCAGCGGACGCGGGCGGUCGAGAGCGAGGAGCUGCGGUCGAUCUUCAAGGGCAAGCCGUCGGUGGCGGUGACGGAGACGUCGUCGGGGGCGCUCGCGGACGCCGCCACGCCGCUGGCGCUCAGCCCCCCGGAGUUCAAGUCGCAGCAGCCGCGCCCCGACUGGCUCACCUCGCUGCUCUACCGAAACUGAUGUUCGUGUAAAUAUUUGUAACUGUCCUAGUGUAAAUGAGCAAUCGAAUUGUUGAUAAGUGAAGUGAUACGUUCAUGUAAUUCUUUUGAAGACGAAAUAAAUUUUUAAG